GUAAUUUGUUAUAGUUCAUUCAGUCUGGACUACUUGUAAGGAUAUUCAGAAUUAUCAAAAUGCAGCCGAACGUCCAGCAGCCACCACCACCACAAAAUGAUCAAGCCACUUGGUGGUUCAGAAUUCUUGUUAAAUCAAUAGGCACCGUUGGCGGUCUGAUUGCUAUGAUAACUGGAAUAGUUACCUGUAUAUCAUUAUCUGCAACCUGCAUUGUAGCUGGCGUUUUACAGAUGCUGGUCGGGUUCAUAGUAGUGUUAUUUGAAGCACCAUGCUGUUGUCAAUUUAUAGAAUUUGCAGAUAAAGUUGGAAAAUUUUCUGAUGCCAGAGCACCAUGGCAAAAGGCAGCCAUUUAUUGUGGAUUGUCACUGACUCCAGUUUUGAUGUGUUUUGGGAUGUCCACAGUGUUUGGUAGUGCCCUUGUGUUUGUUUGUGGUGUUCUGUAUGGCAUGAUGUUCCUGGGCAGAAAAGCUGAUCGGGAUACAAUGAAGGCCAAGGCUCGUGGUGAUGAUGUGGAGAUGCAAGCUACAUUGAUGGAUAAUGAGGAAAAAGUAGAUCUACAUGUACCUGGUACUCAGCCAAAGUGAUAAAGUUCUCUUACUACUCUGUAAAUGAAAGAUCUGACAUACCCUUGUUAGCAGUGAAUGAUGUCCUGCAACAGGGAGCAGUUUUAUUCCCCAAGGUUUUAAUGCAGGUGAAUUAAUGUAUCAUCAUAUGUAGAUUUUACACAAAAGAAAACUCUGCUGUGGAAAUUUAUAGGAUGGUAUGUGAAAAUUCCUUGUGGAUGGUUUUUUAUGAAAAGUUUUUGGUCUUAGAUUUGUUUGUUUAUUGCCCAAUCAACAUAUUAGAUUUGUAUAAGAAGACAAGUAGACAAUUUGUAUAAGGUGUAUGUGAUAAAAUGGUGCACAUUUCGUUUGUAGAUAAUAAAGUAAACAAAAAUUUAUGUCAUAUAUAAUAGCUAGUCAAAAAUUACCAGGGUAGGUGCUAUCUGUCAACAACUUGUUGUUGAAAUCUAAGAAAAAUACAUAUAAAAUGUAGUGUUUGCCUGCAUGUCUUGCAAGUGACCACUUUCUUAACUCAAACUUAAGGGUGUAAAGACCUUUAACAAAAUAAAUGAACUUGCAUAUAAAUUGUUUAGGUUACUGAACACAUAUGUCUAGUAACAAUAUAAGUACACUGUAUAUGGGACGACUUUUAUAAAGAAAAAGUAAAAGAAUUCCAGUCUGGGCAAUAUUGACAGAUAACUUGUAAUUCACUUAGUGCCAUUUUUGUUUGCAACUUGUUCAUUUGUAAAAUACAAUCCAAGUACCUAUGUCAUUGACAAGUUUGGAUCGAAGGUUUGCAAAUUAAUCACAGAAUUCUUUAUUAUUUAAGGUUGUAUCUUGUUCUACUUUAAUAAAUCAAUAAUACCAUUUCUAGUACCGGUAUGGUAACUUUAUCUGAAGAUUAUGUAAUGCUUAUCAUUUCUAAGGGAGAUAAUUCAAA